AUGAGUGAAUAUAUUGCAGACCGUAACGAUGAUGACAGCUCUGAAGACAGUGGAUCUUAUGAAGAAUGGAUCCCAUCCUUCUGUGCCCGUUUUGGCCAUGAGUACUACUGCCAAAUCCCCUCAGAGUUUCUAGAAGAUGACUUCAAUAUGACUGCAUUAGCUUUAGAAGUUCCGCUUUAUCGUCAAGCUCUAGAUUUGAUUUUAGAUUUGGAAGCUGUUAGUGAUGACGAGGCAGAACAUGGUGAAAAUGGUCAACCAGAAGUGAGCCGUUCCUUAGUAGAACACGCUGCAGAGCAAUUAUAUGGAUUAGCUCAUGCAAGAUACGUUUUAACUAGACCAGGUUUACAAGCCUUGGCUGAAAAGUUUGAUCGCCGUGCAUUUGGGACUUGUCCACGUUACCAUUGUGGCGGUAUGCAAUUACUGCCGUGCGGGCUGAGUGACACUUUAGGACGUCAACCUGUCCGUCUUUAUUGUGCGUGUUGUGGUGAUUUGUAUGUUCCUGCUCAAGCCCGUCACGCUCAAUUAGAUGGUUGCUUCUGGGGUACCUCUUUACCGGGAGUCUUUUUACAACAUUUUCCAGAAUUAGGCGAAUAUGUAGGGAAAAGACCUGUUCAAAGCUAUUCCUUGCGGGUUUUUGGAUUUGGUGUUAAUGAAAGAGCUGUCUCUGGGGCAAGAAUGGCUUGGUUAAGACAAAGACCAUCCACUGAAGAAGAAUGGGAAGAAUAUGCCAAAUGUGAAUAUGAAAUGCCCACAGAAGUAAGCUGA